AUGAUUAUCUACACUGACCUCUUCUCCGGUGAUGAGAUGCUCUCGGACACCUACGACAUCAACGUUGCUGCGGACUGCCCCAUCCUCUGGGAGACCGACUGCCGCAAGUACACCAAGAAGGUCGGCGAGGACUUCGAGCUUGCCGGUGCCAACCCCUCCGCUGAGGAUGCCGCCGAGGAGCAAGGCGAGGGAGAGUUCAUCAUGGUCCACGACAUUGAGGACCAGUUCCGUCUCAACUGGUUGAAGGUUGAGGAUGGUGCCAAGCCCUCCAAGGAUGACUUCAAGGCCUGGAUUAAGAGCUACCUCCGAAAACUCAUGAAGAAGCUUGAGGAGAUUGGCACUCCCGCCGAGGAGAUUGCUGAGUUCAAGGCCAACGCCCCCAAGGCCAUGAAGAAGCUCAUUGCCAACUACGACAACUACGAUGUCCUCAUGGGCCAGAGCAUGAACCCCGACUCUAUGUACGUUCUGAUUGAUUUCCGUGAGGAUGGUGUCACCCCCUACGCCACCGUCUUCAAGCACGGCUUUGCCUCGAUGAAGGUUUAA